UGCAGUUCAUUCUCGUCAAACUUGUUCCAUGUUGUUGCUCAGACGUUGAGUUGUCGUCCACAGCGAUGUCGGGACUUUCAGUCGCUUUUCUGGGCAUUUACAGAUUUUUGUUGCCUUUGGUGCUGCUUGCAGCUGCAAUAUUGCGAGUUAACAGCAUUUCUCUUGGCUACCUCAUCAUUGUUCUGGUUUGGGCUGCACUUCCGGUCAAUUCGCGCCGGCCUGUAGGAGGAAUUGUGUUAGCUUUCUUUGGUGUUAUUAUCUCUUGCAUUGGUUUGCUGGGUCAAGCAGCUUUUCAAAUCGUUCUCGUUACUGAUUAUAAAGAUGACUUGGCUCCUUGCACUAGCAUGCAAAGAUUAUGGCAGCAGAUUGGAUUUAAUCUGAUGAAUGAAUUUGAUUAUAAAGACUUUCUUCGUUAUCUUCUUCCUGAUGUUGGUGUCUUUAUUACUUGUCUGCUGGCAAUCAUACUUGGCCUAAAGGCUAGGAGGCAGCAGAGUGGUGAGCAGUCAAGAGAUGCAGAAGGAUGUCAAGACACUCAAUCGAAUCAACAAUCCCACACGUUUGUUUCGAGAGUGAUUUUAGCUCACAACAUUCUCUUUUCUCUCAGUCUGUUUGUGGCUGCUGUUAUUCUACCGUCAAUCUUGACUGGCAUGUACUUUCUUGUGUUGCUCACUAUUGGAAUUGUGUGGUCACUGUAUCUUUCGUUUCCAACGAUUCUUCACUGGACGAAGCUGUUAACUGUACUCUACUCUGCUCUACACUUGUUUGUAAUGUACAUUUACCAGUUUUAUGCACUCCAAAAUGAGUUUCCACCAGAAAGUAAAUGGAUGAGAUUGUUUGGACUAACUGACAUCUCUAACGCUAUCAGCUGUAAUGACAAUCAUCCGUGGAAGUUUACGUCCGGUUCUCAUGUCGAGUGGCGUGAUUAUGUCAGUCCUAUUGCUGUUCUUCUUCUCUACUUUGUCACAACUUAUGAAAUCCACAUCGUUCGUCUUGUCCCAACAGGCAAGCCUACGAACAGUGACGACACUGCCGAUCAGACGGAUAGAUGGUGGCUUAAUCCCAAGAGCCGUCGUCGCCCACAUAGCUCAGGACACACAAGCGCAUCUGAAACUGAAACUAGUGAGACAUUGGAGUUAUUGGCUGGUUCGACUCCGAAACGUUACAGCUCUAUGGAGGUCAUGGCUGCUACUUCAUCGAAAGAGAUUGUGGACCAACCAGAAGAUGAGACGGAAAGAACUGGCAGUGUCCGUGUAAGAGUAGAGGAAAGUGGCUGGUCAAAGUUUCACAAAAUUUGUGGCAUCAUUUAUAUGCUGGCAAUGGAAAACAGCUGGCAUGUUGCUGUUAUAGUGAUGAUUGCAUGGAGCAUCAUUUUUAUUUCUUGGAUGACAUUUGUGCUUCUUGUGUGGGCAUGUGUCAUCUGGAUGCAUAACCACUCUCGAAUUUUGUGUCAGUACUCAUCACCACUGGUGGUGUUGUAUUCACUUGCCCUUGUCAUUGGACAGUAUGUCUACUCUCUUGAUGGAAUUAAUGAUCUUCAUUUGUUAGACGAUAAAGAACAGAUUGGGUUCACAUCGAAGUGGGCAAAUCUGCUUCCUGUACAGAUAGUUUUUGUGUGGAUAUUUUGGCUGACACAGAGACAGUUCUUUUAUGAAAUGAAAAGCAAAAAGUCAGGCAAAGCUUCAACGAUUACCUUAGCAGAUUUGAGAAAGACUUUUACUUCAGCUGGUUCUACAAGCCCAGAGAAAGAUUUCCUUGCUAACGCACUGGACUGGAUAAUAAAAUUUAUAUAUGAGUACUGGGUGCUCCUGUGCUUUGCAGUGUUCUUGCUUGUCAGUCUCACAGUUGAAGUUUCUGUCAUGCGGUUUGUGUAUAUGGCAUUCUUUCUACUGCUUCUUGGCUUUUUUCAGCUUUCUCGGGCACUAUACAAAAUUAUCAUUACACCUAUGUGGUGGUUGGUGGCAAUCUACUCUCUACUGUUUGUCUGGAUGCUGUAUAUUUUCCAACUUGAUGUUGUGUAUGAUGAGUUGACAAAAGCUGCAUAUGGUGACAACAUUACGCAGGCAGAAAUUGACAAUAAAACAUUGUUGUCUGAUAUUGGCUUGAAGAGAUUUGAUAGUGGCGAGCUUUUUGUCAACAUGUUGACUCCUACUGUUGCCCUCAUCGUUGUCAUAUUGCAGUUGAAGUACUUUCAUCGACGAGUUAGAGGCCAGCCAGUGCAAGAGGCCAAGCCGGAGGAUUCUCAGAUAGAAGAUUUGUCACGAAAAAAAACAACUCCAACUAUAGCACCAGAAACCACUCAGGAGGCUUCUGUUCAAGCAUCAGCAGACCUGAAGGAUGACGGAAGUUUGCAGGAAGAGGAACCUGAACUUACACACCAAAAUUUGCGAUGGCUGUUUUGGAAUGCACUCAGUCGUUUUGUUGUUAGACUGACAGCGGUGGUACUUCGUAUUCUUGAGCUGUAUUUGUCAUCAGGCCUUCUGUUAUGUAUUUUCAUUGUGGCAAUCCAGCAGGUCAGUGCUAUCGAACUUCCGGUCGUCAUUAUAAUAUGUUUCUGCAUCAUGACAACGGGGUUUCGGAAACUAUUCUAUUUCUGUUUCAUGGUCUGGACAUCUUUGACCAUCACUGCUAAAAUGCUUUAUCAGCUGAACUUUGUUGAAGUGGAUAAUAAGAAGUAUAGUUGUGGCAAUGUGUCUUUUACAAAUGGAAUGGUUCUGGCCGAAUGGUUUGGACUUAAGAAAGUAUCAUGUAUUGGGUGUUAUAUUGCAGGCUACAUAGUGAUUGUGGUGCUAAUAGCUUUGGUAGUCACUGUACAGCGACAUCAGAAUGAUAGUUCACAAACUAAACCUGCUGCUGAAUUACCAGAAGAGCGAGCUCUAUUUCUUCAAGUAACACGGGUGGAAACUGACAAUGACCUUACUUCAGCAUUCAAAUAUCUGGUUAACAAUUUUUUUGAUAUGUUUGGGAUGAAGCUGUGUUUUCUAGCUUUUGCCAUUGUUGGAGCUGUUCGUCUAGAUGUAUAUGGACUGUUUUACUGCCUCCUGCUUGCUCUACUUUUAGUAGUCUCAAAUCCUUGUCGUCGAAUACUAUGGCCGGUUGUCACCAUCAUUGUUUCAAUAUGCUUAUGGGUGGAGUAUGCACUCUUAGUUGGAAUGCCACCUAUUAUGUGUCACUUUUACGAGAAGAAUUAUCCAUGGAUUCCAUCUCAGAAAAACAUUGGUCUUUUGGGCUGGCUCUAUCUUCCUGUGUUUCGUCCAUCUCUGGAGCAGAGACUUAGAAGUCUGCAUCCGCUGAGCAAGUGGUUUCUUGUAGGAGAUUUUGUGCUGCUCCUGCUAUUAGGUUUUCAAUGGGCUUUAUAUCGUUGGAAAGAAAGACAACACACUACUUCACCUUCUAAGUUGUUGGACCCCAGUACUGCCAAAUCAAGCUAUGAACCUCCAGACUUUACAUUUCCUGAUACAAAAUCCUCAUGGCAGAGGCUGUGGCUGGAUUAUGUGAAAAUUGUGAUUUUCAAGUAUGCGUAUUGGUUUACUGUGUUGAUGAUUUUUUUGACGGGAGUCAAUCGGAUCAGUGUCUUCUGUCUUGGCUACAUUCUUUUUGCAUUCAUUAUUCUUUGGAUUGGACAAAAGCAACUCACUUUCAGUGAAAAGUCGUUACGUUUAUUAUGGAACUGUGUACUGUUGUACAAUAUGUUGGUAAUAAUUGCCAAAGUGGCAUUACAGGAGCUGGCAUGUGUACACAGUAACGUUGUACCUUGUGGUCUUGUUAAACUCUUCAAUAUCGUGUGCCUCAAUAGACAUCUUUAUCAAAAGGAUCUUGGCAUAACCUUAGAAUUUGGGACGUGUAAAUCAGGCAUAGAUAUAGACAGUACGGGUCUUGCUCUGGACGUAGCAUCAUUUGGCUUUAUUCUUAUUCAACGAUACAUAUUUCAAACUCAAUACUUUCAUCUUAUUCAAAAAGAAGUGCGCUGGUACAUAUCCAACUUGAAAACUGGAGCUAUUAUGGUAACUCAAGCAACUAGAUAUAUGCGAAAUAAACUGAAGGCUGCCGAGGAGGAAAGAAAUGAAAUUAUUAGAGCUCAUGUGGAAAAAUUGAAACAAGAUCACCAGAUAUUUCAGUUUCUGUAUGCAGGAACUAAACUUGUUGAUGGAAUAACAGAAGCAGACCACCCCUCUUUGACAGAUAAGGAUACAAUCGAUCCAGCUUUAGCAGCUGCAAUUGACAAAGAAUCUUUGCAGUCGGAGCCUGCAGAUACAAAAGAAGUCAAUGUUGAUAUUGAUCCAACAUCAGACUUGAGCACUUUGCAGAAGAUUAAACUAACUUUGCUGGAUGUUGUAGAACAACUAACACUCUGGCUGCAGAGUGUGUCAGCAUCAUAUAGAGCUGUAACGAUUACUUUGGAAGACAUGCGCAAGAAGGAGGCUGAACAACAGAAUGGUGUUGAAAGGUCGUCAAUGGAGGAAAUCAGUGAAGAAGUGGGUAGACCAAUAUUUAAAUCUGAAAAUGAAGAACCAAAGUCACUCAUUGAUGAAUUUUUGCAAUCUGAUAUUGAACAUCCUGAUAAUGCAGAAAGAGCCAAGAAGCUUCGUGAAAAACUGAAGGAUGGAUUAGUGAAUGUCACAUCUCACUUUACAAAGUUGGUCAAAUCUCUAUACUAUGCCAUUGUGUCACGCACUGACCUUAUAUGCUACCUUAUCAUGAUCAUUAACUUCACAGUACAGGGAAAUGCUCUUUCACUUCCGUUGCCUCUUUUUGUAUUUUUCUGGGGCUUGCUGUCUGUGCCACGACCAAGCAAGACAUUCUGGAUAGUCGUGGAGCUCUAUGUCAUGAUUCUUAUUGUUAUUCGUUACAUUUGUCAAAGUACUCUGAUUCCAUUGAAAGAAUCAGAUGGGAAGCCAUUGAAAUGGACUACUUAUGUUGGAAUAGAGCAGGGGGGGGAUUUUACAGCUCGGUCAAUAGCUGAUUUUGCUGUGUUGUGGGCUGUUGCAAUCCACAUUGCUAAACUGCAGCUGAGGGGUUUGUGGCUUGGUAGUGAAGAUCAGACUGCUACGGAUGGUCUACGUGAAGACAGUAUUGUUGUUGAUGAUGAUGAUGACGAUGAUAGUGACGAUGGUAAUGAGGCAAGUGUUGCUGAAUCAGGCAAGGACACAAAGAAAAACCCUUGCUCAUCCUUCUUGCACGUAGUGCGUGUGUUUUUUCAUCGUGCAGUUUCAAAUGACUGUAGUUCUGGAUGGCGAGACUACUACACACUCAUGUUUUUGGUUGAGGUGCUUUGUUUUGUUAUUACAGUAUUUGGCUGGUCAUCGUUUGGGCAAGCAAGUGAAAAUGUAGCAAGCUAUCUCGAACAAAACUACAUCCCUGUUCCCUUUAUUGCUAUGCUUAUUGUGCAGUUCUUGCUGCUAUUGGUAGAUCGAUUGCUGUAUCGUUCUGGUUGGGCAUUUGGCAAGCUCAUCUUGAAUUUUGCUGUGGUGAUCGUGGUUCAUAUUUGGGUGUUCUUGAUUCUGCCAUUGGUAACUAAGAGGUCGUUCGUCGGGAAUACAGUAGUCCAGACAUGGUAUUUUUUCAAGUGCAUGUAUAUGGGUUUGUCAUCUGCUCAGAUAGCAGCAGGCUAUCCUCCUCGUCGAAGUGGAAAUUUUCUUAUGGACACUAAGAGAUACCCAGUGAGCAAGGGUCGGGUUAUUCAAGUAUUAUUUGUCCUUCCAUUUUACACUGAACUUCGGGAGCUGAUGGACUGGUGUGUUGCUAACACAACACUGGAGAUUAUGCAGUGGUUAAAGGUGCAGGAUAUAUGGUAUGAAAUGUUUUUGGUCAAGUGCAAGAGAGUACGAGAAGAGCUCAACCCUCGAACUAUGGGAGACAGGCAACCUCCAAUCACAAAGUUUAUCAUUGGGACAGUAUUGAUCUUGGUUCUUGUUAUCGUCCUUUGGUUUCCCUUGUUAUGGAUCUCUCUUGUCAAUUCGUCAGCUGUAGCCAAUCGUCCAACUGAAGUCUCGGUGGAAUUAAGUCUUGCAGGUUAUGAGCCACUGUUUCGUUUCACUGCUAACGAUCAAAAUAUUCACACACUGAAUAGUGAUCAGUACAACUUAUUGAAGAAUCGCUACAGCAGCAGUGAUGAACAGAAGGCUAUGUUUACUCGAUACAAGAAGGGAGAUAUUUCUCGCAUUCUUAUUCCUAACGGGUCUGGUUCUUUGUGGAUCAUCAGUCCUCCUACUCGUAAACUAUUAGCUAACACGCUGGCAAAUUCAACUUCGAUUGUCAACUUGGAUUUUCAAUGGUCAAUUACAAGGAAUCCACCCACUGGAUUGAUUGCUCAAGUUGUUAACGGAAAGCGCAACAUCUCAUAUGACGAGGGGAAUUCUACUCGGAUAGCCAUUGCAGAUAUGCUGUUGAAUGACUCUCGGAUUGUUGCGGAAUUGCCGAACCUUUUUCCUGUGUUUAUCAGUGCACCAGCAAACAAGAAGUCUAUACAAUUGAGUGCAUUUAAGAAUAUGAACACUUCUUGGGCAAACUGUUCACUGUCAUUAAACAGUAGCACAGAGAAAGAAUGGUGGAAUCUCAUGCAGACUUCUGAACACGUACUACCUGAUCUACCUGGAUCUAGGGAUGCCCAUGCAUUGGAAAUUAUCAUCUUUAGUGAACCAGUUGCUCCACCUGUCUUUUCUUUCUUUGCCGGAAGCUCAGUUAUUGGUUUGUAUAUUUCUAUUGUGCUGGUAAUUGGCCAGUUCUUGAAGGGUUUCACCAAAGGCAUCUCUCACAAGAUAAUUUAUGAAGAUGUUCCUGAGCCAGCAGAUAUCGUUCGUCUCUGUGAAGACAUCUUUUUGGUUCGUGAAUUUGGUCCAGAAGGUUUGCAACUUGAAGAAAUGCUUGUAGGCAAACUAUUCUUUCUGUAUCGAUCUCCUGAACGAUUGAUAGAAUGGACAAGGAUUAGGCAGCAAUAGGAUGCUUACACUGGAGUUACAAUUUUUGGAUUAUGCAGGAAUGAUUGAACACUUGGUGCUUAUAGUUUAUUGCUUAUACAUUAAUUAGAAUGAGAAUCUUGAUUAUGCACCAAGAAUAUUGGUUGGGUGCUCUAGAGGGAAUUGUAUUUCACCGCUGAUGUUCUAGCUUCUAACAGUGAAAACUUAUCAAAUACCAUGAAACUAUCAAUGGUUUA